AGCCUGCCUGGUUGAGGGGUUUCCCUGGCCCAACUCCCUGGGGACAGCUGGGGACUGCCCAGCUCCUCCACUCUUUCCCAACAGCCCUCCCCGCACCUCCCGCUUCGCUUCCAGGUCAGGUGUUGCCUUGGAGUCUCUACCUCUGCCCCUGGAGCAGAGAUCCCCAGGCUCUUGCUUGGGGUGUAUGUGAUGGGGGUCCCCUAGGACCUUGCAUGGGGCUGGCAUGGGACUCAGCAGAGAAUGCAACAAGAUGCGGAGUCCCAGCAAAGAGAGUUGGCCCAGGGCGGGAUCCUAAGGGAGUUGGUCCUUAAACCGGCUGCACCCAUCUUGUGCUGUGUCUCGAGCCCCUGGGAUGGGCCCUGUCCCAGAGGCAGGGUCUCAAAGCUGAGUGGCCCUGCCUGGGAGUGGCUGAGGUUCCGCGGGGUGUCACCGAUCCAGCCACCCCCUCCCGGGCGCGACUGCACAAUGGCAGGAAGCGGGGCUCCGCGCUUUGUCCUGAGCGCAGUGCUGACUGCCGCUUCCUCCAGCCACCAUGGGGACAGGACCCGGCGUCUCCGGGCGCCGAGCAGCAACCAGGCCGGGCUCCGAGCUGCCCUCCCCAGACUCCCAGUCCCCCUGGGUCGGGGGUCAGACCCGCAGCAGCGACAGCCAGGUAUGCCACCAUGCCGAUUGCCAGCAACUGCACCGCCGGGGGCCCCUCAACCUGUGUGAGGCCUGUGACAGCAAGUUCCACAACGCUAUGCACUAUGAUGGACAUGUUCGCUUUGACCUGCCCCCACAAGGCUCUGUCCUGGCCCGGAAUGUCUCCACCCGGUCCUGUCCCCCACGCACUAGCCCUGCUGCAGAUCUGGAGGAAGAGGAAGACUAUGUGGACGGAAGAGGGGACCGGAAGAGCACCGGCCUAAAGAUCUCCAAGAAGAAAGCAAGAAGGAGGCACACGGAUGACCCAAGCAAGGAGUGUUUCACUUUGAAAUUUGACCUCAACGUGGACAUUGAAACAGAAAUUGUGCCAGCCAUGAAGAAGAAGUCUCUGGGGGAGGUGCUCCAGCCUGUGUUUGAAAGGAAAGGCAUCGCACUGGGUAAAGUGGACAUCUACCUGGACCAGUCCAACACACCUCUGUCCCUCACAUUUGAGGCCUACAGGUUUGGAGGACACUACCUGAGGGUCAAAGCCAAGCCGGGAGAUGAAGGCAAAGUGGAACAGGGAGUGAAGGACUCCAAGUCCCUCAGUCUGCCCAUCCUGAGGCCCGCUGGGGCUGGGCCCCCUGUAUCAGAGCGUGUGGACCCUCAGAGCCGCCGAGAGAACAGUCUGGACAUCUUGGCCCCUGGCCGCCGUCGCAAGAACAUGUCUGAGUUCCUGGGGGAGACCAGCAUCCCGGGGCAGGAGCCCUCCAGGCCUUCCAGCUGUUCUCUGCCUCUUGGCAGCAGUGGGGGCACCAGCAGUGGGAGCAGCGAGAGCUGGAAGAACCGGGCAGCCAGUCGCUUCAGCGGUUUCUUCGGCUCCAGCCCCAGCACCAGUGCCUUUGGGCGGGAAGUGGACAAGAUGGAACAGCUGGAGGGCAAGCUCCAUGCCUACAGCCUCUUCGGGCUACCCCGGAUGCCCAGGAGGCUGCGUUUUGACCAUGACUCCUGGGAGGAGGAUGAAGAUGAGGAUGAGGAUGAAGAUAACUCAAGCCUGAGGCUGGAGGACAGCUGGAGGGAGCUCAUUGAUGGGCAUGAGAAGCUGACCCGGCGCCAGUGCCACCAACAGGAAGCAGUGUGGGAACUCUUACACACAGAAGUCUCCUACAUCCGCAAGCUGCGUGUGAUCACCAACCUGUUCCUGUGCUGUCUUCUUAACCUGCAAGAGUCGGGGCUCCUGUGUGAGGUGGAGGUUGAACGCUUGUUCAGCAACAUCCCUGAGAUUGUGCGGCUGCACCGCAGGCUGUGGGGCAGCGUGAUGGUGCCGGUGCUGGAGAAGGCGCGGCGCACGCGGGCGCUGUUGCAGCCUGGGGACUUUCUCAAAGGCUUCAAGAUGUUCGGCUCGCUCUUCAAGCCAUACAUCCAAUACUGUAUGGAGGAGGAGGGCUGCAUGGAAUACAUGCGUGGCCUACUGCGUGACAACGACCUGUUCCGCGCCUAUGUCACGUGGGCUGAGAAGCACCAGCAGUGUCAGAGGCUGAAACUGAGUGACAUGCUGGCCAAGCCCCACCAGCGGCUCACCAAAUAUCCACUGCUGCUCAAGUCAGUGCUGAGGAAGACGGAUGAGCCCCGUGCCAAGGAAGCGGUGAUCACCAUGAUCAGCUCUGUGGAAUGCUUCAUCCACCACGUGAAUGCAUGCAUGCGGCAGCGACAGGAGCGCCAGCGGCUGGCAGGGGUGGUGAGCCGGAUUGAUGCUUACGAGGUGGUGGAGGGCAGCAAUGACGAGGUGGAUAAGCUCUUGAAGGAAUUUUUACAUCUGGACCUGACCGCACCCAUGCCUGGCGCCUCCCCUGAAGCGAUUCGGCAGCUGCUGCUGGAGGGGAGCUUGAGGAUGAAGGAGGGAAGAGACAGCAAGAUGGAUGUGUACUGCUUCCUGUUCACUGAUCUGCUCUUGGUGACCAAGGCCGUGAAGAAAGCCGAGAGAACCAAGGUCAUUAGACCACCACUGCUGGUGGACAAGAUUAUGUGCCGGGAGCUUCGGGACCCUGGCUCCUUCCUCCUCAUCUACCUGAAUGAAUUCCACAGUGCUGUGGGGGCCUACACAUUCCAGGCCAGCAGCCAGGCUUCGUGCCGAAGCUGGGUGGACACUAUUUACAAUGCCCAGAACCAGCUGCAGCAGCUGCGUGCCCAGCUGCGUGCCCAGGAGGAGCAUCCAGGCAGCCAGCCCCUGCAGAGCCUGGAAGAGGAGGAGGAUGAACAGGAAGAGGAGGGAGAGAGCAGCGCUUCAGCCGCCAGCUCCCCCACCAUCCUGCGAAAGAGCAGCAACAGCCUCAACUCUCAGCACUGUGCCUCAGAUGGCUCCACGGAGACCCUGGCCAUGGUUGUGGUAGAGCCUGGGGAGACACUGUCUUCUCCGGAGUUUGACCGUGGUCCCUUCAGCUCCCAGUCGGAUGGGACUUCCCUUAGCACCACGGCUUCAUCCAUCACUCCCACUAACGAACUGCUGCCCCUGGGCCCGGUGGACGGCCGCUCUUGUUCCAUGGACUCUGCCUAUGGCACUCUGUCCCCCACUUCUCUGCAAGACUUUGUGGCUCCGCCCCCUGUGGUAGAGCCAGUGCCUGUGCCCCAGCCCCCGGAGUUACCGCAGACCCCCUCACCCUGCCUCCGCCGCCGUACUCCGGUCCAGCUGAUCCCUCGUCUGCCCCGCCUGCUCAAGUCCAAAUCUGAGGCUAGUCUCUUACAGCUCCUCUCGGGAACUGCCACCCCUGUAGUGCCCCCAGCUCCCAGCCGCAGCCUGUCAGAACUGAGCCUGGUCACCACGGCCCCUGGGGUUAAGACUCGGAGCUCCCUUCAGGAAGGUGAACCUGGUUGGAACUGCCCAGGGGCAUGUGGCCCUGGCCGUGGCUCCGAGUUGUCAGAACCUGAGAACAGAGCCAGCCACUUGACCAGGGGACCUACAGAUUGUGCCAGGAGAGACAUGCCUUCAGGGGUUGCUCCCAGGAUGCAGCCUGAGCCUCCCCCAGGAAUCUCCGCUCAGCACAGAAAGCUGACCCUGGCCCAGCUCUAUCGGAUCAGGACCACCCUGCUGCUUAACUCCACGCUCACUGCCUCGGAGGUGUGAGCGGAAGGAGACCCCAAGGGUGCCACUGACUAAGGGACAGCAGAGAACACGCCACCUGGGGGAUAUGGCACCCACUUCACGGCUGCCUCGUGUGCGCGUGUGCCAGGCAGGAUGGCUGCCCAUCACCCCAUGGCCGAUUUGCACUUUGCCGGACUGGAUGGAAUGGAGAAGGGCUCUCUCUGUCGAGUUCCACGCCUUGCCCAGGCAGCCCCUUUUCCUCUGCUCUUGACAUGUCUGGUCCUAACCCUCUGGGGUUGCUCCCAAGCAACCCUCCCCACCACCCUCAUUUGGUUGAACUCAUGCUGGCCUCUGAGGCUCGGGCUGGACUCUGUCAAGCUGCGUAUUUAUUGAAUUUGGCUCUUUUAUAAAGACUUGUAUAUACUUCC